ACAACGAUCUUUUUCUGUUUGGAGAUGAUUUGGAAGCAAUUCUUGAAGCUUUGGAGGCCGAUGACAAUGUUCAUGAAUACUUCGAUGAAGCCGUGACUGAGCUUCAAAAGGAAGACAUCUUGUGUAGAUUCUGCUCAAAGAAAUGCAAAAGUUUGAGUGGUUUGAAAAGACAUAUGUCUUGUAAUCAUCAAGAUGAUCUAGAAGAUAAUGAAACAAAGACUGAUGAAGGUGAACAAUUCAAAUUUACUGCAGAAAUACUUGCAAAGAUGGUCGACGAAGUCAAACACCGUUUAAUCAACAACAAGGUCUUCUCAAAGAGUAUUAUAGAUGAGCUUAGCGCUUGGAAGGUCACAAUCAUAGCAGAAGAGUCGGCGGAAUUCGCUGAAUUACAAAAGAUUUAUCAACAAUUGAUGAAAAAUAAAAACCAAGAGAAUUUCUAUACAAUGUUCUAUUCCACAGUGCCAUUGAAUUCAACAAGAUAUUUCACUGGAUUGUCUAGAAAUGCUGCCACACUUCUAUCUACUAAAUUAGCUGAUSUCAUGUUAGCYUACAGUAWAGACAAAUCUGUUACCACUGUCAAGAACUUUAAGAUUGAACUAACUGAUAAAGAAAUGGCUGGAUUGCAGUAUGUUGGAGGGUAUGUCCUGCACAAGCUACACGACAAACACAGCAAAUCAAAAUUGCGUGAAUCUAUUGCUAGCCAGCAGUCAAUUGCUAUACUGAAAGCUGGCAAAGAGAAACAGCAGAUCAUGACAGAAAAUCAUAAGCUUACCUCAUCRCUUAACCGUGGAGGACUGUGGGGCAUCACAAAACCAGCACAAACAAUAUUUACUAGGACUGAAAAAUACUUCAGAUUCUUUACAUCUGACUAUCCUUUAACAAGGAUUGACAUUAGUGAAAUAAGGUCCAAAUCAUCUAGUGAUAGUGAAGUGCUAACAGCUUUUAACUGCAUGAAGGCAAACUCAGAACUCAACUAGAUGAUAAGAUAGCCAAGGAUGUGCUACAGAAUGUAAUUCACUUGUACAUUAGAGUUCGAUCAUUUUCGUUUGCUAAAGAUGCUGUUCAGAAGUAUAAAUUGCAGACAAAACUAGUGAAGGAUAAGGCACUUCGAAAACAGAUCAGCAGGGCAACCAAAGACUAUGAGCCUAGACAGAAUUAGAAUCUUGAUUCUUUCCCUGCAUCUAUCGAGCAAAAAGAAAAUUGAUAGCAAUGGAGUAUGUUACCAAAAUUUUAUUGAUUUCAUAAUAUGGAGGGUUUUUCUUUGAUCGUUUUUCGCAACAAAACAAAUUACUACUGUAUUAUGGAUUGUAGUGAAUACUAAAAUUAUUGAAAUGUUAAUGUUAUUUAUUGUACUUCACUAGCAGUUUUUUAACAGAACGUUUUCUWCUGUUGUUAUAUUUACAUUUGUGAACCUAGUUCAGACAUUUCAACCACCAUGCUUCAUUCUCAUUUACCAUKUAUGUAGUGGUAACAAAUCAUAACAAAUAAAUAAUAUUAUCUUUUGGAA